AUGAAUUUGCAAGCCAAUCUUCGUGGGGUGGAAGUGAGUUUUUAUUAUUUGUUUGUAUUUUUUGUGUCAGUCUGUCGGGAAAAUAAUGAGCCAAAUGUCAUCGCUGAAGUGAAAACUAGUUUGGUUUUUUCCCCUUACAAGAUAUGUAAUAAAAAAGUAUCAUUAAUUUUUUCAGGAAAGAUAUUUUUACCAUUUUCUGAUUUGGUGGGCCGUUUUUUGUCUUCAGCUUUCUUUCAAUCCUGAAGAUGAGUUCAAAGGUACCUUCUUUGUGAAGUACUCCACUUACACCAACCGGAUCACUUGGGCAAUUCUCGUCACGGCCUUUACUUUACUGCAUGCUCUCGCAGGUCGCGGCAAACCCAACUACACUGUGUUCAGAAUCGUUUUGGUAAGAUUUUUGUAUACAUAAGUCUUUAAUUAAAGGGACCUAGAAAAAAAUGACGUCACUUUUCGAAAAACUUUCUUGAAUUUUUAUGGCAUCAGGCUCAACGAAAUAUUCACUAAAAUCAAAAUAAAAACGUAUUAAGAUAGCCUUAUUUCAUACUGUAGCUAAAAAUCAAGAAGUGACAUAUUAUACGAUGAAACCUACCUGAAUGGAGAAAAUUGGUUUAGACAGGAUUGAUCGUAUGAAAUGGGUCAAUUGGACACUAGAUGUUACUUGGAAAACAAAUAUAAUCAGCGUUGACUUAAAUCGGGUGACAUUUUAUACAAUGAAUCCUUUUUUGUAAAAAAUGGUUUAUACAACUGUCAUCGUAUAACAUGUCACCAAAAGUUGGUUUCUUUUUAGAAAUGCUUCGAGUACUUCGUUUUUAUAAAUAAAGUGACAUUUUAUACGAUGAAACCUGUUUUUUGCACAAAACGAUGCUUAGGACAACAUUCAUCGUAUAAAUUUUCACGAUUCUUAUCGAAAAAUACAAAGUCCAAAUUCUCUUCACUUUUUUCACCUAAGACGUAAUAAUGUAAAAAAUUUUAGGUCUGAUCUUUUGCUCAUGCUAAAUUUUAUAAAAUAUCGAUUAAUUUUCUUGCAGGCUGCAAAUAUCGUUGGACUGGCAUACUUUGUGUUUUGGUCAAUAUUCGUGUUGAUUGAAGGUUAUGACGACUUCGUUCAUGCUUCAUUAGUGACAAAGAUUUACAUCGGCUCCAUUGUAGCCGUGUAUUCUGGAAGUACCCUUGCAUUUACUCGGAUCUUUUUCAAGUACGGUAGACGUCCGUUUGGAGAGACGAAGAAAGAAGAAAAUUAUGAGACUUUGUAUGGUUGUGAUUUGAAGAUUUGA